UUUUAAUUCGGCAAAACCCUAAUUUCCUCAAGCUUCCCUUCCUACGUUCAACGACUGUGCCCGAAAAGACGAUUAGAUUAUUAAGAAUCGAUCACUGAAUUGAAUUCUUACAUUGAGUCAGAGCGUGAGCAGUUGCGGAGAAGAUUGAAUUCUCGAGUCCUCCUUGCUCUGUUCAAAAUAGCUAAUAAUAUGCCAGAAUCUGUGGCUGGACCAGCUAAAACGGGGAGCUCUCGUCAUGAAAAGCGUAAAGAGGCUCGCUUGCAGAAGAACCAGAAGAAGCAUGAAUCUUGGCUUCAGCGUCAGAAGUUGCAAAAGGAGAAACGAGUAUCAUCAUCAGUCCAGACAAAGACUACUGAUGACGUGAUCAAGUCCGAGACUUUUCUCCAGAGAAGUGACAGAGAAACUGAACAUGUGAAAUCAGUUAGUCCUAGUGGAAACAAAGAUGAUAAGAAGCCUUUUACACAAAAGAAAGGCGAGGAUAGAGUCAAACCGAAGGAGAAGAAGAUGCAAAGAGGACACAAAACGAAAGAUCAUCUAAUGAAACCAAGGAAGAAGACCAAGUUCGAAGAGUUUCUUGAAAUGGAGACACAAAGCGCUUUAUUAUCUCGUGACCAGGAUGUUGAACUUGAGAGGAAGCUCGCAAAGAAGCUCAACGUCAAGAACGGAAAACUAAGAGGCGUGGAUGAUGGUAUGAACGAUUUGUUCGAAGGUCUUCCGUCUGUAUUGGAUUCUAUGGAGUCUGAACUUGGUGAUUCUCGUAAGAAGAAGGGUAAGAGAAAGAGAUCCGAGCAAAAACAGAACUAUGAGGUUGUUGAUAAGCAAGAAAACGAAGAUUUUGAGCUCGGAGAAUCUGAUUUUUCUGAGGAGGAAAGCGAAGAAGAAGAGCCUAAAACAAAAAGAGACCGUAAACACCGAAAGAAGAAGAAGAAGUCUUUAGAUGAAGAGCUAGAUAGUCAUCCGAUGGAGAUCACAGAGACUGUUAACUAUCAAGAUUCACCGUCAAGUUUGGAGAAAGUAGAAUCUCCUCUGCAGAAACCUAAUCCUGAGAGCAGCGUCAAGUACGUUGCUCCUCAUUUAAGAUCUCAGGCCAGAAGUGAAUCUGAGGAACACGCUAAAUUACGUACACGGGUAAAAGGUCUUCUGAAUAAGAUGGCUGAAUCCAAUGUAGAAACAAUAACCGCAGAACUUUCCACACUCUAUCGCAGUGUUGCAAGAAGUGUGGCCUCUCAGAUUUUCUGUGAAGAGGUUUUGGCAACUUAUGCCAGAGGCAAUGAACAGUACGCUGUAUUUGCUGCUUUUAUAGCUGGCAUGGCUUGUCAAGUUGGAAUGGAUUUCAGUGCACAGCUUAUUGCUUCACUUGCCAAGUCUUUCGAGGAUGAAUACCAGAAAGAGUACAGCCUCUCUUUGAAUGGAAUCACUCUUUUACUUUCUUAUCUCUGCAAUUUGGGAGUUUGCUCCAGUGAUCUUAUUUAUGAUUUCUUAAUGACAUUGGCGAACCGGCUGACUGAAGUUGAUGCCUCAACUAUUCUCACUGUUUUAGAUAGUUGUGGAAUGAAGAUAAGAAGUGAUGAUCCUGUUGCUAUGAAAACCUUCAUCAUAAGCAUCCAGAACAAGACAAAUGAAAUUAAAACCUCCCCGGAUAUCAAGACUGAUAUAAAUAAAUUUACAAUGGAAAAAAUGCUUGAAACCAUUGCUGCAAUCAAGAACAACAAGUUGAGAGCCAAAGAGGAUUCUGUCCAGAACACAAGGGUAAAGAAGUGGCUUCAAAAGUUGAGAGUGGAAGAAGUACUACUAAGAGGACUCACAUGGAGCAAGCUGCUUGACACCGAGAAGAAGGGUCAGUGGUGGUUAUCUGGCGACUUGGUGGUUAAAACAAACCACGCUGAAGAUGUAGCACAAACAAUGGACGCAGAGGUUGUUGAGGCUCAGAAAAUGUUAAAGCUAGCUGAUGCACAGAGGAUGAACACAGACUCCAGGAAAGCUAUAUUUUGCGUGAUCAUGAGUAGUGAAGACUACAUUGAUGCAUUUGAGAAACUUCUUAGAUUGGAUCUACCAGGAAAGCAGGAUAGAGAGAUCAUGAGGGUUCUUGUUGAAUGCUGUUUACAGGAGAAAGUGUUUAACAAGUACUACACAGUUCUCGCUUUGAAGUUGUGCGAGCACGACAAGAAUCAUAAGUUUACACUACAGUAUUGCAUCUGGGACCAUUUCAAAGAACUAGAGUCAAUGUCACUUCAGAGAUCAAUGCAUCUGGCGAAAUUUGUGGCGGAGAUGAUUGUUUCCUUCAAUCUUUCUCUUGCGGUUCUCAAAUGUGUAGACUUGGCUAAUCCAGUGCAGUUGACUCCAAAGAGAAUCAUGCACUUUCGGAUGCUGUUCGAGGCCAUCUUCGAGCACACUGAGAAACUUGUGUGGAACUUGUUCACUCGCAUAGCUGUGAAUCCAGACUAUGAAGCUCUAAGGGAUGGCAUCAAGUUCUUCAUGAAGGAGUACGUUGUGAAAUCUAAUAAGGCGAUCUAUGGGAAAUUCAGGAAAGCCAAAGAAGCUCUUAACAAUUCAGAUGGAUCGCUGCUCAUGUGAUAUGCCUGGGCUAACAGUUUUCAAGCUCUUUUGAGUUUACUUUAGUUAUGUCAUUGUCUCUCUUACACUGUACACAUUUUCGUUUGACUGAGACUUGGGUUUUUUGGAGCUACUAUUUAUUUAAGGUUUCUAAGUUUCAGGAUUUCAAGUUUCAUCAGCCUUAAUAAAAACUUGUAAAAACGAAUCCUUUUAGUUGAUAUUUGAUUUUUGACUCUUUUUUUUAACAUGAA